AUGACUAUGGCGGAAGCAGAUGAGAAAUUUGGAUUGCUUCGAAAGCUCUCAAGAAAGCUCGAGAUCGCUGAAGACAAUGUUACCAGAAUUGAAAGGGUGCUAAAGCCUGAACGAAGAUGGCAGAUAAAUAGCACAGAAUACGCAAGCGCAAAAGAAGCAAAAGCAAAGCGAGAAAAGGAAGAUAGCCUGUAUAAACUAAAAUCACAUAUAAUCUCGCGCGAAAGAGUAAGCACGAAAGUUAGAAGCGCAAUCAAGAAACAAAGCACUGCAGCUGAAAAGCAAUUGAAGCUAUACAAUGCUGCUUGCCAUCUGUUGUUGGAGCCUGAAGUCCAGUGGGAGGAUGUCUGUCAUCUGGAGACACGAUUUUGGGAACAGCACCAUAUAGCAGAAAGCAACGACGUCGACGUUCUCAGAGAGAUUAUGAACAUUAAGCGCGCCGAGGAAGAGCUGAUAAUGAUCGAGGACGAAGAAAAGAAUCUGGAAGCAUACGCUGCAGCACGUUAUAGCGCCAUUCAAAAUGCCAUAGAGGCGACGCAUGACGAUGGGUGGCAAGCUAUUCUUGGUGAUCUUUUGGAACAAGCUGAACGUCUCCAAUGUAAUAUCAGAAGCAGCAAACCGCGUACUGUUGGUGAAAUUUCACAGAUCGACAACGACGAACAAUACGGUGACGAUGCGGACGAUGAAUAUGACGAAGACGUUUACUUUGUCCAUGCUGAGACAUAUGAGGAUAUUGAGAAGGAACAUGACGAGCUGAUGUAUGAGUAUAUGCCGCCAGUAGAUUAUACUAUGCAUGACGAAGAUAUUUCUCUGCCAGAUGCAGUACUUUCAGAAGAAACACUAUAG